AGCCCUUGGCUCAUUCUUUCUUCAAUUCAGCUCAAUCUCCCAUUUCUUGAACAUUAGACUUUUCCUGUUGACUCAUCUCUAUCCUUCCUGAGACAUUUAGAAGUCCUUUGGUUGAAAAUGUUCCAGACCAAUCCCAUCCCAUCCCCAAGGCAGAGGGAGCAAUAUCUGCCUUUUGUCAUGUUCUCUAUCCUUCUUUGGGGACUUUGUCCCUGACACUGAUCUCUGAACACAUGGAGAAAGAGAAAAGUUAAUAGUUAAUCUCCAGAACUACCUCCCCCAAUCCCUACUCCCAUUUUCACAGAAGAAACAAUAAAAACAGAGUCUUAUUCCUCCAGGUUUAUCUCAGGGAAAGUAGGAUGUGACCCCACACGGACCUAGCAGGUGGUUAAAAAGAAGCUAGAUAGCUUCUUGUAACUUUCUUGGGUUGGGAAUGGGGGAAUAAUCUCUUCCCUAGACAUUUUCCAAUUAUUCGUAUCCUCUUGGGUAUUUUUAGUGCCACAGAACUAGGGAGAGAGAGCAGGUAUCUCUGGGGUUCCAUGAGUCAGCAAGGAGACAACGUGCUUCCCAUCUUUUCUUGACCUUCAGUCUUCUGGGUGGGAGGCAGCUGAGAGAACAUCAGAUUGAUAAAGACUUUAGAUGGGCAGAGCCCUGCACAACCAACAAUCACUACCAUAGUCAGUGGAUGGCAUAUAGAGGGGCGGGAGGAAUUGGGAGACAGGAAGCUGAACUGGAGGUAGGGGGUGGACUCCUAGAUCCCUUUGACAGAGGCAAAGUUCAUUCUUAGGAACCCUCAUCCUCAUAAGAUAACUUAUCAGGGGCCUAAUAGGCCCCUUCCUCCAGAGAGGACUUUAGUCCACACUGGUCACACAGUGCCGGGACGCCGAUUGGGGCAGGUGCUGUGAGGGGAGCUGGUUGUUUGUUCACACACAUCAUGGAACCAGCAGGGCCCCAGCUUCGGAGGAGAGAGGGGCUGGAAGAGAAACAAGGGAACAUCUCCCCCCUCAAUGAAAGUACCAAAGAACAUGGGGUUCCUGACCUGGUACAACUGACAAGGCACAUGAAGGCGGUGAAAGAAGAGUUGCUGGAGCAAGCCCACCAGCAGCUGAAUGAGCUGUUUGAUCGGGCCUUGUGGGAAGCUGUGCAGUCCCGCCCACCUCAGGGCUGGACCUCAGCCCCUCAGGAAUCCCCAAAAAGAGCUCGGGAAUCAAAUCUGGAGAGACGGAAAGUUUUCAUCCACCGCAAGUCAUUACUUGACGAGCUGAUGGAGGUGCAGCAUUUUCGAACCAUUUAUCAUAUGUUCAUUGCGGGACUAUGUGUCUUCAUCAUCAGCACACUGGCCAUUGACUUCAUUGAUGAAGGAAGGUUAAUGCUGGAGUUUGACCUCCUGAUCUUCAGCUUCGGACAGCUGCCCCUGGCCUUGGUGACCUGGCUGCCCAUGUUUCUAUGCACACUCCUAGCCCCAUACCAGGCUCUCCGGCUAUGGGCUAGACGCAGGGGCCAGUGGACCUGGUAUGUAGGGGCAGGACUGGGAGCGGGGCUCCUCACCAUCCAAGCUUUGGUGUUGUGUGCCCUCCCAGUCCACGUGGUCCUGAAGUACCAGCUGUCUCCUGCCUCCCGCUGCAUUCUAGUCUUUGAGCAGGUUCGGUUCCUGAUGAAAAGUUACUCCUUCUUGAGGGAAGCCACACCUGCACUCUUCCAUGCUAAAGGAGGUGAGAAAACCCAAGCUCCCAGUUUCUCCAGCUACCUCUACUUCCUCUUCUGCCCCACACUCAUGUAUAGAGAGAAUUAUCCCAGGACAACCCAUAUCAGGUGGAAUUAUGUGGCCAAGAACUUUGCUCAGGCCCUGGGGUGUCUGUUCUACGCCUGUUUCAUACUCGGUCGCCUCUGUGUGCCUGUCUUUGACAACAUGAGCCGUGAGCCCUUCAGUACCCGAGCCCUGGUGCUCUCCAUAAUGCAUGCCACAUUGCCCGGUAUCUUCAUGCUAUUGCUCAUAUUCUUUGCCUUUCUUCAUUGCUGGCUCAAUGCCUUUGCAGAGAUGCUACGGUUUGCAGACCGAAUGUUCUACAGGGAUUGGUGGAACUCAACAUCCUUCUCUAACUACUAUCGGACCUGGAAUGUGGUGGUCCAUGAUUGGCUCUACAGCUACAUCUAUCAGGACGGACUUCGGCUCCUAGGUGUCAAGGCACGAGGUCCAGCCAUGCUCAGUGUGUUCCUGGUCUCCGCUAUUGUCCACGAGUACAUCUUCUGCUUUGUUCUGGGAUUCUUCUACCCUGUAAUGUUGAUUCUCUUCCUCAUUGGAGCAAUGCUUAACUUCAUGAUGCAUGACAAGCACAGUGGGCCUGUGUGGAAUGUCCUCCUAUGGACUAUGCUUUUCCUGGGCCAGGGAAUAAUGGUCAGCUUGUACUGUCAGGAAUGGUAUGCCCGGAAACAAUGUCCACUGUCCCAGAUGACCUUCUGGGGACUGGUUACCCCACGAUCCUGGUCCUGCCAUAUCUAAAGGUCAACGUGCUGCUUAUGUUCCUCCAGCCAAUGUCUAGUCCUGGGAUUAUACUUCCUAGAGUCUCAGCCCCAUCCCCUGGAACCAAGGCAGUACAAUUGCAAAUACCCCUGGAAAAAAAAUUUAAAAUAGCUGGAAUACACGAAACCUGCCACUGGGUGCCAGUGGAAGCCAUACAGGAGACAUACCUACAGCCAGAUUGAAAUAAAAGUCCUUCCUCUACUCCAGGUUUCAGAUACAGGCUCUGCCCACUCCAGACCUCUCUAAAGUUAAAAAAAAACUUGGAAAAAAACUUGGAAACUCUUAAGAGCAUAAUAGAACAUGAAUGAACUGGGAGGUGAUUGGGGUAUGAGUGGGUGAGGAUGUUGUCUUCUCUUCCUCUUCCUCCCAACAAUAAACUUCCCUUUCUGAAUCUAUUCAUUGUAAAAUUGUCCCUGCAGACACAGGUAAACUCUGUGGGGAGGGAAUAAGGAUGGGAGUGCCUUAAUGAGUGAAAACCUGGUAGAAUGGCUUCUGUGCUCUUCAACUUCCCCUCUGCACUUGGUCCCAUAUAUACACAUCCUUAGCUUCUAUCCCUAGUCCUACAGCUCUGCACCUCCCUGCUGACCCUUUUUCUCUCAGCCAUAGUCCACGCUCCCAACUCCUGAUACCACUCCUGUGCUAUCUACAUGUAAAUGUAUAUAGGACUCAAUAAAUAGUUGUUUGA